AUGCUACAGUUCCAAGACAACAUGGAGAUCCUAAGCAACUUGACUUCUUCAUUUCCAACCUUCUUGCUGACUGGUAUUCCUGGCCUGGAAUCUGUCCAGGCGUGGCUCUCCAUCCCCUUCUGUUGUCUCUAUGCCAUUGCCCUCUCAGGGAAUAGCAUGAUCCUGUUUGUCAUCAUCACCCAGAAGAGUCUCCAUGAGCCCAUGUACUAUUUCCUCUCCAUGCUGUCAGCUACUGAUCUGGGAUUGACUAUUUCCACAAUGUCAACAACACUAGCUGUCCUGUGGUUUGAUGCAAACAAAAUCAGUUUGGACAGCUGCAUCAUCCAGAUGUUUUUUCUUCAUGGAUUCACCCUGAUGGAAAUGGGGGUGCUUGUGGGUAUGGCCUUUGACCGUUAUGUGGCAAUUUGUAAGCCUCUGAGGUAUACCACCAUCCUCACUAAUUCCAGAAUCAUUCAGAUGGCUCUUCUGAUGGUUAUACGUAUCACAGUUUUGCUAGUUCCACUACUUUUGCUCCUUAAACAUCUCUCUUUCUGUAGAGGUAAUGCCCUUUCACACUCUUACUGUUACCAUCCAGAUGUGAUUAAAUUAGCUUGUUCAGAUAUUCGGACCAAUAGCAUCUAUGGAUUAAUUGGGCUCAUUCUGACCACAGGGAUUGAUACACCAUGCAUCAUCUUGUCUUACAUCAUGAUUAUUCGCUCUGUCUUGAGUAUCGCCUCCCCUGAAGAGCGGCAUAAGGCCUUUAGCACCUGUGUCUCCCACAUUGGAGCAGUUGCCAUUUUCUACAUCCCCAUGAUCAUCCUAUCCUUGGUGCAUCGCUAUGGUCGGACAGCCCCUAGAGUGGCCCAUUCAAUGAUGGCCAAUGUAUACCUGAUUCUUCCCCCUGUGCUCAACCCCAUCAUCUACAGUGUUAAAACCAGACAAAUUCGCAAGGUUAUACUCAAUCUGCUGUGGCAAAAAUAA